CCCUGUUUGUUUUUAUCACAGGCUGGACAUAAAGAGAAGAGCGAUGCACUGAACAUGGCCAUCGACAGGAUGACUAAGAAGACCCGUGACCUGCGCAGACAGCUGCGGAAGGCUGUGAUGGACCACGUGUCGGACUCUUUUCUGGAGACCAAUGUUCCACUGCUGGUAUUGAUCGAGGCUGCCAAGAAUGGUAAUGAAAAGGAGGUGAAGGAAUAUGCCCAAGUUUUCCGUGAGCACGCCAACAAACUGAUUGAGGUAGCUAACCUUGCAUGCUCCAUCUCAAACAAUGAGGAGGGAGUAAAGUUGGUACGGAUGGCCGCUUCCCAACUGGAAACACUUUGCCCUCAGGUGAUUAAUGCAGCCUUGGCCCUGGCUGCUAAGCCUAACAGCAAAGUGGCCCAGGAUAACAUGGAUUUGUUUAAGGACCAGUGGGAGAAACAGGUGCGAGUGCUUACUGACGCAGUGGACGACAUCACUUCCAUUGACGACUUCCUCAGCGUGUCUGAAAAUCACAUUCUAGAGGAUGUUAACAAGUGUGUCAUAGCUCUUCAAGAGAAGGAUGUUGAUGGCCUGGAUCGCACUGCUGGGGCCAUUCGAGGUAGAGCUGCCCGUGUGGUCCAUGUGGUCAUAUCUGAGAUGGACAACUAUGAACCUGGGGUCUACACAGAAAAGGUUCUGGAAGCCACCAAGCUUCUCACUGAUACAGUGAUGCCACGUUUCACUGAGCAGGUAGAGGCAGCCGUGGAGGCUCUCAGCGCCAACCCAAGCCAGCCACUGGAUGAGAACGAGUUCAUUGAUGCCUCACGUCUGGUAUAUGAUGGUGUGAGGGACAUCAGGAAGGCUGUGCUUAUGAUCAGGACUCCAGAAGAGUUGGAAGAUGACUCUGACUUUGAGCAGGAAGACUAUGACGCUCGUAGCCGCACCAGUGUCCAGACAGAAGAUGACCAAUUGAUUGCUGGGCAGAGUGCAAGGGCUAUAAUGGCUCAGCUGCCUCAGGAAGAGAAGGCCAAGAUUGCUGAACAGGUGGAGAGUUUCAGACAGGAAAAGAGCAAGCUGGACGCAGAGGUAGCCAAGUGGGAUGACAACGGAAACGACAUCAUUGUGCUGGCCAAGCAGAUGUGUAUGAUCAUGAUGGAGAUGACUGACUUUACCAGAGGCAAAGGCCCUCUGAAGAAUUCCUCUGAUGUGAUCAAUGCCGCAAAGAAAAUCGCAGAGGCCGGAUCCAGAAUGGACAAACUGGCCCGUGCUGUGGCUGACCAGUGCCCGGACUCCGCCUGUAAGCAGGACUUAUUGGCAUACCUCCAGAGAAUCGCCCUCUACUGCCACCAGCUCAACAUCUGCAGCAAGGUCAAGGCUGAGGUUCAGAACCUGGGAGGAGAACUCAUUGUCUCAGGGCUGGACAGUGCUACAUCCCUCAUCCAGGCAGCCAAGAACUUGAUGAAUGCCGUGGUCCUCACAGUCAAGGCCUCCUAUGUGGCUUCCACCAAGUACCAGAAGGUGUACGGCACGGCGGCGGUCAAUUCCCCGGUGGUGUCCUGGCGCAUGAAGGCCCCGGAGAAGAAACCCCUGGUGAAGAGAGAGAAACCGGAGGAGUGCCAGACCCGCGUCAGGCGAGGCUCGCAGAAGAAACACAUCUCACCCGUCCAAGCCCUCAGCGAAUUCAAGGCCAUGGACUCCUUUUAACUCCGCACCACAGAUACCCAAAACUCCUCCUCCUCUUCCUCCUCUCUUGAUUUCUUCUCCUCUCCUUGUUUACGGCUUAAUUUCUUGGAGCUGUAUCUUGUUCCAUGCAGCGACGAGUGUGUAUGUGCCCAGUAAAUGUCUGUGAGUUGGGGGGGCUUGGCCACCCAUCCUCUUUGAACCAAAUUUCGCUGUAAAUGAGAAACAAACAAACUGGUGAAGGAAACGUUUACAGUGCAGGCUGCGGUACAAUUCAUGUGGUGUUCAUUCUCGCUGACUGGCCGUAUAUACACAGAGAUAUUAAAGAAUAUAAUCUAUGGUAUAGUAGUGUCAGCCCUAAUCGAGGCAGAGGUGCUGCUUUCCUUCCUAAUAUUUUUUUUUUUAUUAUUAUUAUUAUUAUUAUUUAAAAUGAAACAUGACCCAUAGUAAUAGGAAUAACUUAUGUUGAAACAAUUUUCUUCUUCCCAGUUAUACAUAUGGUGACCUGAUGCACUAGUUUUUGCAUUUAAAAAUCCAUUUCUUUAAUUAUAUUACUGUAUCACUAACCAUGGCAGCCAGGUUGGCUAUAGUAUUACAUUUAGAAAAGGACUAGUUGUGUGGUUUGCUCAGAGACUAGUAGAAUCCUGCAUACCUUUAUAGUCCUGAUUCUCUAAUAAACCUUGCAACUGUG